AUGGGCAACGCAUGUCCGAAUCCCCACGAUAAGAAAAACCAGCGAGGCGGAGGCGUCGUGCGGCCGACGGCCGGCGGCGGGCGGCUGCAGCUGGAAUUGCAGCGGUCGGCUAGGGCUGCACUGCUGAUUGCGGCGGGCGUCGGCUAUCCUCGGCGGCGUCGAUUCGGCUUCAGUUCCUGUAGCACGCGGGCGUAUGGCCUCCGAUCCUCCCUGGCGAUUGGAGGAACGACCACCAGCGCCGCUGGCCCGAGCCCCCCGCUGCCGUCUGCGGCUGUUCCCGCGCGCUUCGCGACCAACACUUCUCCGGCCGCCCCCUGCAACCAGCACCGGCCGCUCACACCAUCUUCUUCGUUGUCGGUCUCCGGCGAGCUCCGCAUCCCUCCAUCGUCAGCACGAAUAAAGCCCUGCAUCCAUCCAUCCCUGCAUCAGCUACUUUGUGUGCUUAGACGACAAGAGCAACGAGGGUUGCUAGCAUUCAAUUCGGGAGAUGAUGGUGCUCAAGUUGGCUCGGGCAGAAAGCACACUGAAAUUCUGAUGGUCUGGCAUGCAAGGAAGGUCAAUAACAAAUUUGUUAUCGCCUGGUGGCUGUGGGUGGCAUCGGUAUCGUGCUCAGCUGCGCGCAGCCUCGGCACUACUUUGGGCCCUUUCAUGGCGGUGGAGCAUGCCUGUGGGCUUCGAUUUAAGCAACAACGCUGGAUGUAGAGAGUAUCCUGAGGAGGGACCGUGUCUUGUGUGAGUGCAUCGACAACAAACAGCUUCCCUCCCAAACCAAAACAGAAGCAGUGUCUCUCUUAGGCUUGUAUGUAAAAUCAUUCUAAUUAUAUGUAGUUCUCCAUCAAGUAUUUUUUUUGCGCUAACAUUGUCUCGCAGCGUUUAAGUUUCUGCCACGUCGAAUAUUUGGAUGUGCAAGUAGCUACUAGGAUCAUGAAAGUUAUAGCAUAGUUCCAUUCUGAAGCCUGUUCUUGCUGGUCAGACUAAUGUUGGUACUUGAGUGCAUCGCGUUGGUGAUUGCUCUUGUGGAGUGCAACUAUAAUGUAUGAUUGGUUGAUUCUCA